GUCAGUAGACGAUAUACCACCGAAUCAAAUCAUCGGUAGAUGGAAGUUAAUCACAAAAUCAUUUGUUUAUAAAGUUUGAGCCAAUAUUUUUUAAUUAUUAGAAAUUUGUGUCUACUAAUUGUAAAUUCGUUCGGAAUAUGUGAAGUGCCAUCAAAUUCAUACAGUUAUGUCGACGUCUGAAUACGAGUUCAAUGUAAAUCAAUCUGCAAUAGAUUCAGAAACAGGGGAAACCCGUCACAGUCCAGUGCAUCAACCGACACCUAUAUGUUGUGAAGAAUGUGGAGAAAUUCAGCUAAUCGAUUAUGACCGUCCAAUGAGCCCUCCAUCCGGUAUCCAGACUCCAAGGCCAGAACCUUCACGAGAAUCAAGACCCGCCACCCCUAAACUCAAGGCAAAUAAUUCGAUGCAAGAACCCCCUUACAGCGAAACGUGUGCCUUCCUUCCCCACUACGACACAGAAUGCGAUCUUGCCGCAACCCAAGCUCCAGCAGAACUUCUGCCGCAUGUAGAUUCGUCGACUAACUGCUCUAAAAAUGAAGAAAAGCCCUCAGCAGAACCAGAGGUGAAAAAGGAAGCAUCGAAAACGAAGAAAGCCAUUCCAACGAAAGGCAGGCUCCUGUCGGGAAUACCAAAGAAGAGCGAUUCGGUACAAAGUAGCUCGGCCAUUCCAGUUAAAGUCACCAAACAAUCUUCCAAACUAUCCAUCAAACCUUCUAGAACAAGUUCCUUCUGUAGAUCCCAACUGAGAACGCCAAGAGCAACACCAAACAAGCACACCUUGGAAAUGCAGUUUUUAAACAAACACAAAAAACUUGUCCAGUAUAAAAAAGAAUUAUUAGAGAAGCAAAGACCUGUGAUGGAUUUGUAUCAAAACCUCCUAGAAAUCAAGAAACAAUUAGCGGAGUUCGGAAAAUGUGUUGAACUAGAGGAGAUAAAACUCGUAGCUUUGGACGAACCGAAAAAGCAGAGUGACCACCCGUGCGGGGACGUUUUGAAUCAGGAGAUAGUGCAGAACAUGAAAACUUCCAUCGAAAAUAUCCCCAAACAGCUAAUGGGAGUUUGCCAGAAUUUGGUCGGAAGGAGGGCUGCCAUUGUGGAACUUCUAGAAAGCGUCUCUCAAGCAGAUAUCGGGCCAACAGAAUUGGCCGAUAAGAUCGAAACGUUGAAGGAUGAAGGCAGGGAACUGAAGAAUUCCUUGGAUGUACUUAUCGCGCAAUCUGAAGAACGAAUAACGGAAUUGGUGAAAAAUUGGUACAUUCUCUUAGAUAGCAAAAACCAAGAAACGAGUAACAUCAAAUCAGAUGAAUACGAGUCACAAAUUAAGCAAAAAGACGCUAUGCUACAGGAAUCUAAGCAAGUAAUUCUUGACUUGCAAAAAAAAUUAGAAGAGAAAAGAAAUCUGCACGAGAAGACCAUUUGCGAAUGCGAAAUAACUGUCAAGGAAUAUACAGAAAAUAUAAGGAAACUGAACCAUGAAUUGGAAUGCGAGAGAAGAAGUAUGCAAGAAGUGAAAACAAGAAAUAACAGCAAUGGUCAAGCAUUAAAAACUUUGAGGGUGAAACUGAACGAAACUGAAUCCAAACUCAAGGACGCAGAAGGCAAGAAUACCGAUUUGUCGAAGAAGCUAAAGACCAGUCAAGAUCAACUGCGCCAAAAAGAAAAUGCAUGGUCCAAGGAAAAGGAUGAGAUGCAGAAGAACAUCAGAGAACAAGAGAAACUACUGAGCAAGCUGACCGAUGACAGGAACAGUUUCCAAACGAGAUUGGAGGUAACUCAGAACAAGAAGAGAAAUGAGGAAGAGAAUUUGAAGCACGAAAUAGAGAAGUUGAAGUCUGAGUUGAAGAGUUUCAGCGAGGAUCUUGAAAAGACUCGGAACGAGAAAGCCGAAGCUAUUGAAAAAUAUGAAAAGUUAGAGAAAGAGUUGGAGAAACUGGGACAUGAGCACGAGAAGAAUAUGGAUAGCAUCUCGAAACAGAUGGAUUGGGGGAAAUCCAUACCUUGCCCCGAUGCUCAAGCAGAGCUCUACAGUGAACUAUUAGCUACAAAAGUUACACUUAGAGAACAGGAAGAAAAAUUGAAAACAUUUGAAAAAGAAAGCAUAAGAUGGGCAGCAGAGCGUUCCGAAUUGCUUGAUAGACUAGAGAAUAUCCACAACGCCCCAGAUAUCAGACGUCAAGAAGAGAUAAUCGUGAAAUACAAGAGUAUGCUACAGGAUAGUGAAAUGAAACUGAACGAAAAGUCGAUCGAAGUGGCAAAACUUAGCGCCGAAUUGAAACAUUUGAAAAUUCGCCAAGAUGCAUUGGAAGAGCAAAAUCUUAACUGUCCUACAGACGAACUAAGGAAGAUGGUAGCCGACGGUAGGCAGAAACUCAGUGAGAUAAUAAAGAAAUCCAUGGAAAAUGAGCAGAAGCUGGCAUGUUACGAAAGUACCAUUGAGAAACAACACAAGCAAAUGAACGAAAUGGAGAAUCUGCUUAGAGUAAGAGAUGGCUUGAUAGGAAUGAUAAAGGCGAAGAAGGACGAACUACUAAUGGAGAAGGACAGUCUAACAAGAUACUGCAAAGAUGUUAGGAACAUGCUGGCCGAGACACGAGAAGAUUUAAGAGUAAAAUCCGAAGUCAUAAGGGAUCUUCAGGAUAAAUUGGAGAAAAAAGAAAAAACCGUAGUUGUUCUAGAAAAGAAAAUCAGAGAACUUGAAGAAAAUCUGGCCUACACUAACGAGAAAAGGUUCAAGUUGCAAGAUACGAUAGGUACGAUGGAAAAAGAACUCCAAUCCACGAAAGCCCACGUCAACCAAAUGGCCGAGUUACAAUCACGGUAUGAUCUCGGUAUGACCCAUUCAAAAAAUAAUUUGAAAGCACUGUCUUCGCAAAACCCUACUUUUGAGAGUUUAACCUUUCAUCAGCCGAGUUGCGAGUUUAAUCUCGAUUUGCCCAUACGGGAAAUGGACUGUAUACGACGACGACUGUACAAACUUAGCAACUUCCAAUUACCCGUGUCUUUGAGUGACGAGAAAUCUCGAGACAAAACUAAAUCCUGCAAUGCAUUGCACUCGACCAAAAGUCUGUACACAUUCUCUAACAAGAACACUUAUCAGAAAAUGAUCGAGCUAGAAUCUAAAAGGUACGAGAUCUUACAAAAACAAACAGACGAGUCCUACGAAAAUCUGAGUUGCCUACUGAGGCUUUCUAUACCCUCUGAGAGUCCUGUCAAAGAUAAAUAUAACGAUUUAACAGAAACUGACGCCACCUCUUUGGUUACAGGAAACAACUUGUUGAGUGAAUCUGAGAACCCCGUGAAAAUCAAUAAUAAUAAGAAAUUUGGCCUGAAUCCGAAACUCCAUUUCAACAAAAUUUAUUUGUCUCAUUUGUCGGAAACUUAUAAAGACCUCAAUGAUUCUCUGACCAUUAUCAAGAAUACAUUGACAGAAGUUGAUGAAAUGAAAAACUCUCGAGAUAAAUGACUCAAUCCUUCGUAUAAGUAACUGUUAAAUGGUAAUUGUUAAAUUUCAAUAAAUUGAUCUACUGGAA